UGAAAUCGGAUCUUAACAUCAAAGGGAUGACCUUUCGACAUUCUUAUUUCUCAUCACCUUCUCGGGUCAAUCAAUUCUGCAAUUAAGCGACCCGCCAAAACCCUAACAUUAUAUGAAUCCCAAUUUCAAUUCUAUAUGAUCCCAUCCAGUUACUCUGCAGACCCACCUUCCAUGGCAGCCAACUCAACUUUCUCUCCUCCGCCGUCUGCCGGUGACGGAGACUUCAAUUACGACGUCGCUUGGUAUGGUAACAUCCAGUACCUGCUCAAUAUCUCCGCCAUUGGAGCUUUGACUUGCCUCCUUAUUUUCAUUUUCGGGAAGCUUCGAAGCGACCACCGUCGUAUGCCCGGUCCCACUGCCAUUGUCUCCAAGCUCCUAGCUGCCUGGCACGCCACUGGCGUUGAAAUCGCCCGCCACUGCGGCGCCGACGCUGCACAAUAUCUCCUUAUUGAGGGCGGCAGCUCCGCCCUGCUAUUAUUCCUCGCCCUUCUUGCUCUAGCUGUAAUGCUGCCGUUGAAUAUUUAUGCUGGUAAGGCUCCUAUGGCUGAUCAGUUUUCAAAGACUACAAUAAAUCAUAUAGAAAAAGGUUCUCCAUUACUCUGGAUUCACUUUAUAUUUGUUGUUAUUGUUGUUGUUUUGGUACAUUAUGGUAUAAGUGAAAUACAAGAAAGGUUGAAAAUUACUAGGCUUAGAGACGGCUAUGGAAAUCCAAGUAACUCUGGUACGAAUGUCAGUGCAAUUUUUACCAUUAUGGUGCAGGGUGUACCUAAAACCUUAGGUUUUGAUAAGACACCUUUGGUGGAGUAUUUUCAGCAUAAAUAUCCGGGGAAGGUGUAUAGAGUAGUUGUGCCUAUGGAUUUGUGUGCCUUGGAUGAUUUAGCUACAGAGUUGGUGAAGGUUCGGGAAGAUAUAUCUAAAUUAGUGUCAAAAAUUGAGUCACGGGGUUAUUUAAAUGAGGGUGAGGAAGAUGAGGAUGAUAAUGAUAGUGUGAAUCGGCGGGGUUUGUUAGAGCGACUGUUCUUUCUGUGGAGAAAGGCUAAGGAUACGUGGUAUCGUGUUGUGGAUCAAUUAGGUUUCUCAGAUGAAGAGAGGUUGAGAAAAUUGCAAGAGUUGAGAGCUGAUAUGGAGAUGGAAAUGGCAUCUUAUAAAGAAGGGAGGGCAAGAGGUGCUGGUGUAGCUUUUGUGAUAUUUAAGGAUGUAUUUACAGCUAAUAAGGCUGUCCAGGACCUCCGAAAUGAGAAGAGGAGGCGAUAUGGUCGAUUCUUCUCAGUCAUUGAGUUGCAACUACAGAGGAACCAGUGGAAAGUAGAGAGAGCUCCUUUAGCUACUGACAUAUACUGGAAUCACCUGGGAUCGACAAAGUUCUCCUUAAAGUUACGGAGAGUGUUGGUGAACACAUGCCUACUGUUGAUGCUGCUAUUCUGCAGUUCUCCACUCGCUGUGAUUAGUGCCAUUCAAAGUGCAGGGCGAAUAAUCAAUGCUGAAGCAAUGGAUCAUGCUCAGAUGUGGCUGAACUGGGUGCAGGGCUCGAGCUGGCUAGCAACAAUAAUAUUUCAAUUUUUGCCCAAUGUUUUGAUUUUUGUGAGCAUGUACAUUGUUAUCCCUUCAGUUCUUUCUUAUCUUUCAAAAUUUGAACGACAUCUUACUGUAUCUGGUGAGCAAAGGGCUGAGCUACUGAAAAUGGUUUGCUUCUUUCUGGUAAAUCUCAUUCUGCUUAGGGCUCUGGUCGAAUCGACUCUUGAGGGUGCUCUCUUAAGUAUGGGUCGCUGUUAUUUGGAUGGAGAAGAUUGCAAAAAGAUCGAGCAGUACAUGACUGCUUCCUUUUUGUCAAGGACAUGCCUUUCGUCUCUUGCAUUUUUAAUUACAAGCAGUUUCUUGGGUAUAUCUUUUGAUUUAUUAACUCCAAUUCCUUGGAUUAAGAAGCAGCUUCAAAAAUUUCGGAAAAAUGACAUGCUUCAGCUGGUACCAGAAAGGAGCGAGGACUACCCAUUGGAAAAUCAAGACAUUGAUAGCUUGGAGAGGCCUCUGAUUCAUGAAAGGAGUUCAACUGUGGUUGUUGACAACAACGGAUUUUUACAUGAUGCCUCUCCAAAUGAAAUUGAUUUCCCAGGACAAGAUUUGUCUGAAUACCCUCCUGUCAGCCGAACCUCACCAGUUCCAAAGCCGAAGUUUGAUUUUGCACAGUAUUAUGCUUUCAAUCUGACAAUAUUUGCCCUGACCUUGAUCUAUUGUUCGUUUGCUCCUCUGGUGGUUCCUGUUGGUGCAGUUUACUUUGGGUACAGGUAUGUGGUUGACAAGUACAACUUCCUGUUUGUAUACAGAGUGCGAGGUUUCCCAGCUGGUAAUGAUGGGAGGUUGAUGGAUACUGUAUUAUCUAUCAUGAAGUUUUGCGUUGACUUGUUCCUCCUCGCAAUGCUACUUUUCUUUUCUGUACGAGGAGACUCAACUAAGCUUCAAGCCAUAUUCACGCUUGGGUUGUUAGUGAUGUAUAAAAUUUUGCCCUCUGAUAAUGAUGUUUUUCAGCCAGCUUCAUUACAAGGCAUACAGACUGUUGACAACAUUGUUGAAGGGCCGACUGAUUAUGAGGUGUUCUCACUACCUACAUUUGACUGGGAUACAUAUAAUUCAUGACCUGUGAAUAAAACCAAAGAUUUGUAAUGAGAUUGUGUAUAUUCUUAUUUGUAAUUGGAUGUGUUUCUGCAUCUAUCAUAUCUCUCCUCUUUUCUUGGUU